ACUACACCCCCCUUUUACACCAAAAAAAAAAAAGAAAAAUAUGGGAAAAAGAAAGACUGAGAAUACUGCCUCGGCAGUCUCCAUUGCUGCUCCCACCGAAGAGAAUUUUCCUCGUGGUGGUGCUAGUACCUUGACCCCUCUUGAACAUCGUGAGAUCUCUAACAAAGUCGCAAACGAUCUCUUCAUCACUAACAAAGAAGCUGCUUCUGCUAGUGUUGAAGUGAGUGCCGAUGGUGAAGAACCUGUCAAGAAGAAGAGAAAGCCUUCCAGAAAGACAAAGACAGUCGUAAAGGCCGAAGUCAAGCCCAAGUCUGACAAUGUCUACAUUGAGCAACUCAACUUCAAGAAAUUGACAGUAGGAACCGCCUUCAUGGGUUGUAUUUCUCGCAUCAAUGAACUCGACUUAUUUGUUUCAUUACCUCAUCAAUUAGUCGGUGUUGUUCCCAUUACAGAAAUCUCGGACGCUUUAACCGCCAUUGUAGAAAAGGUGGCUCAUGAAGACGAGGAUGAGGAUAUGGAAGAAGGCACUGGUACUAGUUUACCCAACUUGGCCGAAUUAUUCUACGUCGGUCAAUGGGUGCGUUGUAAAGUCGCUUCUCUCCAAACUGGUGAAGAAAGUAAGCAAAAGAAGGUAAUCGAAUUAAGUUUGAAGCCUAGUUUUGUCAAUGAGGAUAUCGAAAAGGUGGAUGUCACCCCUGGUGUGACAUUGGGAGCUGUUGUGAAGAGUGUGGAAGAUCACGGUUAUAUUAUGGAUUUAGGUGUAAAGGAUUUAACCGGCUUUUUACCAUUAAAAGAAUCUACCAGCUAUAUCGAGACCUACCAUCACAAGAAAGAACUCACCGUUGGACAAUAUGUUGAAACUGCCGUGACCAAACUCAACGGUCGUACAGCUAAUGUCACCAUCGAUCGUAAGAAAGUCGGUCGUGCCGUGGUCGAAGAUCCUUUCUCUCGUCUCACCUCUUUACUUCCCGGUCAACUUGUGCACGGUCUUGUGGAAGCGGUUCAAUACAAUGGAUUAUCCGUCAAGAUCCAAGGUCUUUACCCCGUCACCAUUGACGGAUCACAUAUCCCUGCCAACAUGAAUAUCGAAAAGGAUUUCAAGCUCGGACAAAGUCUCACUUUACGUUUAUUAUUCACCAUGUUGAACACGGAUGAAAAGAGAAUUGGUGGUACACUUUUACCUCAUUUGCUCUCACUCGAUGUCCCCAGUGUGGCCAAGGAAAAACCCGUGACUGAACUCUUCCCUGCUGGUUCCUUUGUGGAAAAGAUCAAGGUGGUACGUGUCAACAAUACCGGUGUCUGGGCUACUUUGGAUGGUGUGGAUGGUAUUUGUGGUUAUGUCCAUAUCUCUCGUCUUGCGGAUGAACCCAUCACCAAUAUCAGUGGUACGGCUGGUAAAUACAAGAUUGGCAGCACACAUCGUGCUCGUGUCAUCACCUACAAUCCCGUGGAUGCCGUCCUCAUCUUGACAUUACAACCUUCUGUCUUGGCUGAAAAGUUCUUGCGCGUGGCCGAUAUCGAGAUUGGUUCCAUGGUCGAGUGUGAAGUCGAACGUCUUAUCCCUGCUGGUAUUAUCGUCAAGGUCUCCAAGUCUAUCUCAGGUCUUGUCCCCACCGUCCAUAUGGCCGAUGUCACUUUAACUCGUCCCGAAUUCAAAUUCAAGCCCGGUAAGAAGAUCCAAUGUCGUGUGUUCAAGACAGACUUGUUGAAACAAAAGGUUUACUUGACACUCAAGAAAUCACUCUUGAACAGUGAAUACCCCAUCUUUAAGGACAUUCGUGAGAUCAAGGAAGGGGAUGUGAGUCAUGGUGUGAUCAUUGCCAUCAAGAACAAUGGUUGUAUCGUUUCUUAUUAUAACGGUGUCUCUGCUUUUGCCCCCGGUAACGAAAUGACCGAAACUCGUAUUGCUAACCUCGGUGAAGUCUUCCAUGUGGGACAAACUGUCAAGACCACAGUUUUAAAUGUCAAUGCCGAUGAAAACAAAAUGUUGGUCUCUUUCAUCAAUACCAAGAAGAAGGCUGAAAAGAAGGCCGCUGAUCAAGCCAAGAAGGAUGCCAAACAUGAUGUGAUUGCUCCUGGUAACAUUGUCAAGGCCGUGAUCAAGUCUGUCAAGAAGGCUCAUCUCGUCGUGACUUUACCUAACGAUGUCGAAGGUCGUGUCCAUGUCUCUGAAGUGUAUGAAAAUUUUAGCGAUAUCCAAAACCUCAAGAACCCUCUCUCUCAAUUCCGAUCCAAGCAAGAGAUCGAGGUCAAGAUCAUGGGUGUUCGUAACGUGAAGAGUAGUACCUAUUUACCCAUCACUGGUAAAUCCAAGCAACAUGUGGACUGUUCUCUUCGUUUAGACGCUUCUGCUGAUGACAGUGCACGUGAGAUCCGUAACAUCAAGGCCGGUGAAGAGUUCAUUGGUUUCAUCACCGAUAUCCAUCCCGCCUAUGCUCGUGUCAGCAUCGGUACUCAUACUUUAGGUACCAUGCAAAAGCAAUUGGCUUCUUCGGAUCCUACCAUCUGUAACGACCUCUCCAAGCAUUUCGUUCCUGGUCAAGCCAUUCGUGUUGUCGUCCUCGCUGUGGAUGCCAAUAAGAAGACAGUGGAAUUCAUGCACAAGGAAGACGCUGCUACUCCCAUCAUCACCGAUAUCUCUUCUCUCCAAGUUGGACAAGUCAUGAACGGUGUGAUCAAGCGUAUCAAUAAAGUCAAUGGUGUGCUUGUCAAUAUCACAAGUAAUAUUGUCGGUAAAGCCUAUUUGACCGAUAUCCUUGAUACCUACACGGAAGACCCUACUGCCGAUCUUGAGGAAGGUCAAGUGGUACGUAUUGCCAUCAUUGGUGUUCAUGCUGAAAAGUCUCAAGUGGAUGUAUCUUUGCGUCCCUCUCGUAUUUUCCCCGGUAUCGAGUCCAACGAGAUCAAAUCAUUUGGGGAUAUCAAGCGUGGUCAAGUGUACAGCGGUUAUAUCGCUAACAUUGCACCCAACGGUGUAUUUGUCAAGUUAAGUCAUGCUAUCUCUGCUCGUGUCAAGAUUGCCAACUUGUGUGAUGCAUUUGUAAAGGAAUGGAAGGGUAUCUACAAGGAGGGACAAUUGGUUCAAGCUAAAAUUAUCUAUAUCGAUCAUACUUUGCAUCGUUUGGAAGCUUCUCUCAAGAAGAGUGUGGUAGAAGGUACUGCAACCGAAAAGAAGAAGUCUCAAGUGGAAGGAGCAGGUGCUAUGGUUGAAUCUGAGAGUGAAGAUGAGGAGAUGCCCGAAGUCGAUGAUUCUGAUGAAGAGAUGGAAGAAGCUUCUGGUGACGAUGAUGAGGAAGAAGUAGAAGAGGAGGAGGAUGAAGAAGAAGAGGAGGAGGAGGAGGAUGAGACUCCAGCUCCCUCUUUAGCUAUUGAUAACUUUGAUUGGACUGGUAUUAAUACCCGUGUGGAUUCCAGUGAUGAAGAAGAAUCUGAUGAAGAGGAAGACGAUGAGGAAGAUAAAUCCAAGGACAAGAAAAAGAAGAAGGAAGUUGAGGAUAAGACAGGUGAAUUAAACACGACUACACCUCAAACUGCCGCUGAUUUUGAGCGUGUCCUUGUUGGAUCACCCAACAGUUCUUACUUGUGGAUUAAUUAUAUGGCUUAUCAACUUCAAUUAUCCGAGAUUGGUAAAGCGCGUGAUAUUGGUGAACGUGCAUUAAAGACCAUUAGUUUCCGUGAAGAACAAGAAAAGAUGAAUGUCUGGGUAGCUCUUUUGAAUUUGGAGAAUAAUUUUGGUACGGAUGAAACACUUGAAGAAGUGUUUAAACGUGCUUUAGUGUACUGUGAUCCACUCAAGGUAUACCUUCAACUUGUGAAGAUUUAUGAACGCAGUGAUAAAUUGGAUAAGGCAGAAGCGCUUUGGGAAGAGAUGAUCAAGAAGUUUGGAUCCUCCCCUCAAGUCUGGACAGGAUUUGGAUUGUAUUAUUUAGAACACGGUCAAGCGGAUAAAUCCCGUGAGUUGCUCCAGAAGAGUUUGAAGGUGUUGCCCAAGCAUGAACAUGUGACCAUUGCCGUGAAGUUUGCACAAUUAGAGUUCAAGCACGGCGAAGCAGAAUUAGGUCGUACGAUUUUGGAAGGCAUCAUGAGCAAUUCCCCUAAACGUUUGGAUUUGUGGAACGUGUACCUGGAUAUGGAAAUGAUUGCAGGCGAUGUUGAAAAGACAAGACGUCUAUUUGAACGUGUUGCCUCCAUGAAAUUCAGUAGUAAAAAGAUGAAGUUUUUGUUUAAGAAAUGGAUUCAGUUUGAAAAGGCCAAUGGUACAGAAGAUGAUGUUCAAAGAGUCAAGGAAAAGACCCUUGCCUACGUUGAAAGCAUGUCAUAAAAAUCAUUUCUUUUACUACCUUAUUUCCCACUCCUUUAAAAACACACACACACACAUUAUUAAAAAAAAAAGUUGUACAUAUAAAAAAGAACCUCCCAUCUACCCUCAUAAAAAAAAAGUUUUUUUUUUUUUUGCCACUCAUGGUCGGUAC